AUGCAAGCCACGGGACUACGCUCAUCGCGUUCACCUCGUCCUCAUAGCGCAGCAGUGCGUACUUCUUCGUCUGCCUUCGAUUUUGACGAUAAAGACGAUUCUCCUCCACCUUCAGUCAAAAGGAGCAAGAUGUCACCACCAUCUUCUUCUUCGUCCAAGUUUGCUGUACCCAAGGAGCGUCGCCCAGUAUAUCAGCAUAAGUGGACGGAAAAUGAUGAGGAUGAAAUUGAAAACACUAGCGAAGCCGAUCUAGAGGAAAGGGCUGCGCUACCGGCAGUGGGGCCAGCAAGUGCAACACAACGCUUACCCAUCUACAAAAGUAAUGAAGGCGCAAGAGUCCACAAAGUAAAAGAAGCCCACCAAUGCCUCGAAUCUGGAGAGCACGAUGAUUUCAAGCAGGAUAUCGAGUAUAUCCUCAGCACUAUGAAAGGAGAUUCAUCUGCCAAUAUCAAGUGCUUGAGCGCUAUAUCAUUGGCUCGAAAGUGUGUUUCGCCUGAGUUUCGACAAUUUAUCCGUAGUGAAGGCCUCGUUUCCAAUGUUUUCAAAGGUCUAGCGGAGGCUGCUAGCGAUCAGGUGAGUGAUGAUUCGUUCUAA